AUUUUUUUCCCCCGUACCCAUAAUAAACGAUGUCCAGCAGGUCGGUUCUAUUAACUGGGAUUGUGGUGGAAACACAGUAGUGUGAGGGAUUGAUUUAUAAAACGAUCAACGCUAGUGUUGUUUUGUUUUUCACGUCCACUCCCUGCUCACAUAGGAGGUAACUGAACUGACCACCUGACCUAAUGAUGCCGUAAGUAUGGUAGCUCUGGUCCACGACGUUACUGCGCAUUUCUCCACCACUAAGCUAGAGUAAUGCCUGAUGUCCACCAGAUGCAUGUGCGUUUUGUUUUGCUGGAUGUCUAGCCCGCAUUUUCCGUACAAUUAAUUUGAAAAUUAAUGACUUCCGCUGGAUCGCAAAGAGUUUGAUGCGUCCGGUGGACGUGAGGCGUAACAGGCAGUUAACGCCCUGGACCAGAGCUAUAAAGGAUCGCUAUAACGGUUUGUUGCAACGUGGGCGUCAACAUGGAACCACACGCGCUACUUUUUGACACCGAUGUCCAUUUCCGUUCCAUGUCGCGACCAAAUCGUCUCGGGACUAGAAGAACAUAUUAGAAGCUCUUGUGAAUUUAAAUGGAUGAAACGCAACGUUGCUUGGCUACAACGCAGGGACAGAUCAUGUCUAUUCAGAAAAGCUGAGGUUAUUCAUGAUUUUGGGCAAAGACAAUGUUGCAGCAAUAACGGAAGGAUGCUUGUCAGGCCCUAGAGGUUUAUCACUGUAGCCACGGGAGUUUAGGCUAUUGGCGUCAUCAUUUCUGUUAUUUUGUCAACAACUACUAUUGACAUGCAGUGAUCGUAGCCUGUAGGUUAGUGUAGGUUAGUGACACAGUGUUGUGUUUAGGAAACAGCUACAGUAGAUAUAGCCUGUAGGUUAGUGUCACAGUGUUGUGUUUAGGAAACAGCUACAGUAGAUAUAGCCUGUAGGUUAGUGUCACAGUGUUGUGUUUAGGAAACAGCUACAGUAGAUAUAGCCUGUAGCCAACGCCCACCCAUCCCAUUCCCGCCUAGUCCUUCAGUUCUAAACCCGAACAUAACCCAACAGAAGCGAACUAAACGGAACUAACCGAACGAAACCGAACCGAACGGAACCGAACGGAAUCAUGCCGUGUACGUGUGGGAACUGGAGACGGUGGAUCCGACCUCUCGUGGUCUGCCUCUAUGUAGCUCUGCUACUCGUGGUUCUGCCGCUGUGUGUCUGGGAACUACAGAAGUCUGAGGUGGGGACCCACAGUAAAGCCUGGUUCAUAGCUGGAGUGUUUGUGUUCAUGACCAUCCCCAUCUCUCUUUGGGGCAUCCUGCAACACCUGGUACACUACACACAGCCUGAGCUACAGAAACCCAUUAUCAGGAUCCUGUGGAUGGUACCCAUCUACAGUGUGGACAGUUGGAUCGCGCUGCGCUACCCCAGAAUAGCCAUCUACGUAGACACGUGUAGAGAGUGUUACGAGGCCUACGUCAUUUACAACUUCCUCAUCUUCCUGUUAAACUACCUCUCUAACCAGUAUCCCAGUUUGGUAUUGAUGCUAGAGGUUCAGGAACAACAGAAACACCUGCCACCUCUAUGCUGCUGUCCACCAUGGGCAAUGGGAGAGGUGUUGUUGUUCCGCUGUAAGCUGGGGGUUCUACAGUACACCGUCGUCAGGCCCGUGACUACAGUGAUAGCACUUGUCUGUCAGUUGUGUGGUGUGUAUGACGAGGGAAACUUCAGCAACAGGAAUGCCUGGACCUAUCUGGUCAUAGUCAACAAUAUCUCUCAACUGUUUGCCAUGUAUUGUCUGGUGCUGCUGUAUAAAGCCUUGAAGGAUGAACUGAGUCAGAUUAGGCCCGUUGGGAAGUUCCUCUGUGUUAAAAUGGUCGUCUUCGUCUCGUUCUGGCAGGCAGUGUUGAUAGCUAUACUGGUGAAAGUCGGAGUGAUCUCUGAUAAACACACCUGGGACUGGGACAGUGUUGAGGCUGUAGCCACCGGACUACAGGACUUUAUCAUCUGUGUAGAGAUGUUUCUAGCAGCUAUAGCCCACCACUACAGCUUUACCUAUAAACCUUACAUACUGGAGGCAGAGGAGGGAAGCUGUUUUGACUCCUUCAUGGCCAUGUGGGACGUGUCUGACAUCAGAGCAGACAUCUCAGAGCAGGUCCAACACGUAGGUCGGACGGUCCUGGGCAGACCCAAUAAGAUGUACUUUGGCUCCACCAGCCGUCCUGAACACACUGAACACACAGGUCUCCUGUCGGCUACGUCCCAGGGAGGGUCAGAGCAAGACAUCAUCGUCGCGGAAACCGUCUCCGUCCCCACCUCCCCUCUGUCGGGUCACUACCAGGGGCUAGGCCACACCCCAAAGCCACACUCUUACUCUGCCCCCUCCGGGUUCAUUUCUUCUGAUUGGGACGAGGACAGCGAGGAGAAACAAUCGGAGACCGGUGCAGGGGUUUCGCACCCUGGUGACAUCGCUGGCGACACCCCCACCGCCGACAUCACUGCGAGGGGUGACUUCAUUCGUGACAUCUCAGAUGGCGACGCACCCAGUGACAUCAGUGCUGACGUCACUCGUGACAUCGUUGGUGACAUGACUGGCCACGCCCUCAUUGACAUCAGUGCUGACGUCACUCAUGACGUCGUUGGUGACAUCACUGGCCACGCCCUCGUUGACAUUAGUGGCGAAGUCCCCGGUGAAAUGAGUGGUGACUUUACUGGUGACAUCACUAGUAACAUUACUUUUUGCACGUAGGAGGAGUGUUACUGGUCCACAGUGUGUUCCUUCCUGUCUCGUGACUCCUCCCCUUCACCCUGACUGGCUGAGACACGCUGCUUACACCAAACCAAUGUUUUUAAAGGGGGAGUGGACACAAUUCAGAAAGAAGGGUUUAACCAGUCAAGGAGAGUUUGGACACAGAGGAAGACAUGUUGGUGUUGUAUUUUCCAUAACAAUAGAUUCAUUAUAAAUAACUUUAUAAAUGAUGUUUAUAAAACACUAAUGUCAAGUUUGACAAUAAUACUGUGAUAUAAUUAUGUUUCGUUACUAUAAUUACUAUUGUUUUAAUGUUUUAUAAUUAAUCAUUUUUGGAUAAAAAUGCUAUUUUAUUGUUGACAGUAUUUUGUCAUUAUCCGUUUCAUUCAUUAAUUUAAUAUAUAUUAAUACAUACAACAAUUCAAUAGCAUAUAUAUAUAUAUAUACACUGCAAUAGACUGAACUACAGCUAAUCAUUAUUACAGGCAUGUUACUGAAGACAAUACACAGCCUACUCACGCCAUAGCAGACCAUGCUUCUAUUCAGCAGUAGGAUGCCAUUGACUUGUCAGCUGAUUCAUUCAACGACCUUUUUCUGUUGUCUUGGUAAUAAAACCAUUAUAAAAUGUCA